AUGGGCUCGGGCGAGAAGUCUCUAGAGAUAAUCCAGGGCGUCUGCCUUUUGACACAUUGGAAGGAAUCCAACGACACGCGUGCGUGGAUGUUUAUCGGAUAUGCCAUUAGGGGAGGUUUAGAAUUAGGCUUGAAUAAACUUAAGCCAUCUAUUCUAGAUAAACCAAUGCAGCUUGUUUCUGGCUUUGAGGAGGAAAUGGAGUUGCGGGAACAACGCAGCAAGGAACGCACCUGGCUCGUGCUGUUCAUCUAUGAUAGGAGUCUAAGUCUCCAGCUGGGCAUGCCAUCAAUGAUUACCAUGGACCCUCUGAUCCGAAACGUACAGAAUUGGCACCAGCAUGCAUAUGCCACCCCUGGAAUUGAUGAGAUGGUCACGGCCCUGACGCAGCUACGCAUAAUCGGCUUCGAGCUACUAGAUCUUUUCUGGCUUGAUCCACUCCAUACAUCACCAGAGUUUAUGAAAAAGGAUGAAUUUAUACUUCGGUUAUGCAAUAAUGAGCUGGACAGAUGGGAGGCCCGAUGGCAUUUGAUCGUAGAUGAAGCCGACGCGACUCUUGCCCAGCGAUUCCUUGUUCGAUUUUACGGCUAUCAUUUGAGAUUAUUGCUCCAUUCCUUUCAAUUACAGCUAUCCAUCGCCAACGGGUCUGCUUCUAAGCCUGCGCUAUGGGUGUGCUACGCGAGCUCGUUAGAAAUGGUCCGGUUAAUUAUAGAUCGCCUUGGGGCAACUUCCUAUUUAUAUUAUUGCCAGGAUUCAAUUCAUGUGAUGGUUGCAUACGCUGCUGUCGCCAUUGUAAAGAUCCUCCUAUCAUUCCCCGGAGAGCUCCCAAGCGAAGCGGAGAGUAAAGUACUCGACUAUAUACUGGAGGCAAGUGAGUAUUUUGGCCGACAAUCGCCGACAGACAACACUAGCUGUCACUACCAGAGUCAGUUCCUCGCGAAUGUGGUUGCACAGUACCGAGCCUCCAGGGUCUCCCCUGCGUCUUCUGUGAAACGACCGGCUUCGAAAGAGCUCUGUGAUUUGAUGCAGGAGACUACAAGCGGCGCAGAUGCCAAAACGCAAGUAAAUCUCUCACCGAUAGCUGUACCACCACUUCAUCAGACGUCUCUUCCGUCGCCCUUUCAAACGUCCCAACAGCAGCAGCAGCAGCAGCAGCAGCAGCAGCAGCAACAGCAGGAGGACGGGCUCAGCCAGCCACAGCAGCCGCAACAACAGCAUCUCACACCUCUUAACCACCAUCUCCAGGUGACAUCGCACCUUCAAAACGACCUAUUCUCGUCCUCAAACACUCCACCGCCGAUACCCAUGCAUAUGCCGCUAAAUGACCCACUGCAUAACCCGCACCACGACCAGCAGACUCUCCCCUUGAUCCACCCUGAUCAUAACCAGCAACUACUUGCAUGUGCACGACCUCUACUCCCGCCAUCGAACAUCGAGUGCACUAUCAGCGGGUCCAUAAAUAGCGGCAUGAUGAGCUCGGGCAGAAUAUUUGCUUCCCCAAGUCUUCACCCAUCGUCGACCCACCAAGCCAACAGCAAUAACACGGGCACUAUGAUGGGGAGCGGUGGGACAGCAUCUGCGUCAGGGAUACCAGUGACGUCAAGUUCUGGCCCUGCUGGAAACGCCCCGAACAGCAGCGACAGUAACGACGGCUACGACAACUACACUCCUACCAACGCUCAGAAUGUUACACCCUUCAGCAAUACUGGAACGUGGGAGAACCUAUUUGCUCAUGCCGGGUUUAAUAUCAAUGGUGGAGCAUUCCUGCCGAACCCUGGAAGCUCCUGA